UUUUUUUUUUUGUAUUGUGUGUAUAUAUAGGUCACCUUUUUAUUUUAGUAAUUAUUUCCUUUUCCUUUCCUUUUUUUUAAGUUAAAAAGUCAUGAAAGAAACAGCAAACCCAUCAAGACAAUUGACGGGACCUGUUUAUCCAUCUUCAUCAGCAACAAGGUUCCUAUUUAUUUAUUUAUUUAUUUAUUAAAAAAAAGUAGCUUUUAUUAAAUAUUAUAUUUAUAUGUAUAUGUAUAACAUAAGAGAUUUGGAUAUUGUAUUUGAAGAUGAUCAAUAUAAUUUAAACUUCCUAACUCCAAAAUCCACCUAUUCAACUCCUUUUUCUUCGCCAGCAAACAUCAUUUAUAACACCAAUCCUAUCCCUAGGAGACCUAGAGCGGGUACAAUGCCCUCUUUUAUUCAGCCAGUUGACCUACCAACCAAUACCUAUUUACUAAAUACACUUAAUGCCUCAAAUAGUAAUGGCCGACAUCGUUCUGGUUCAUUAAAUUUACCUAUUUGGUCAGACCAACAACAAAGUUUAGAAAAUGAUAUUGCUCGCACUAUGCGUUCCUUAGGCUUAGAAGAUGAAGAUGGAACAACCACGAAUCCUUUAUUUCAUCACCAAUCACCACCUGAGUUUCAUUUACCAAGCCGAUCCCUUUUGUCAGGUAGCAAUCGUAGUAGAUCGUAUUCUGUGAAUACAUGUGAAGUAAAUGUGCAACAGCAGAGUUUUUUGAUAAAUCGACCAAGAGCAUCAAGUAUGGGACGUGCCGAUCGUCUCUUAACGGCAGGGCUUUGGGGAGGAAGAGCUUCUCCAUUAUUAGUAUCGAUGCGUGAGGAAGAUGAGCAGCAAACAUUAUCAUUAGGUGAUUCAGAAUUAUUAGCUAACAUGUUAAAUCAAAAGGAAGAAGAUCAGAUUAUUUAUGUUCCUGCUGAGAGGCCCUAUUUUAGUCAAUCAACACCAACUUCUUCAGUACAGCAUCGUGAGUUCAUAUCACGCUCUUUAUGGGUUGGCAAUAUUGACUCUACAAUCACCAUUGAUAUUCUUACUCAAGUCUUUUCAGUUUUUGGGCCUGUCGAGAGUGUUCGUCUCCUAGCAGAAAAAGAAUGUGGUUUCGUUAAUUUUUUUAGGGCAGAAGAUGCAGUAAGAGCUAAGGAAGAGGUAUUGGAUCGAAUGGGCGGUCGUAUAGGUCAAUGUAUAGUUCGUAUUGGGUUCGGCAAAAUAGGUACUGAACCAGAUCAUCAGGUAGCAACUCGAGCAUUAUGGGUAGGCCACCUACCAAAUAGUAUUACACCUACUAUAUUGCAUGCCAUGUUCUCCAGGUUUGGUGCUAUUGAAUCGGUACGUGUCCUGUCGCACAAAAACUGUGGUUUUAUUAAUUUUGAAACAAUUGAGAGUGCAGUAAGAGCAAGGGAUGCAGUUCUAGCAAAUGAAGUAGAUGUCGCUAGAGUUGGUUUCGCUAAGAUACCUAGCAUUAAACAGGAGGAUGAUGAAGCUUUGUCGUUAAUGGAUCCAACAACGACAGUCUGGCAAAAUGAGAUUUAUGAAUAUAUGAUACAGUUCGGUGUUAAUGAACAAACAGCAAAAUCAUUUGUAAAAGAUUUGAAGAUUGCCUCACAUGUUUAUUUUGAUUUUAUACCUUCAGUUCCUGAGCUGAGUGUUAAUCGGAAGUUACUUGAUGCAAAUCGACUUCGAGAAAUGCGUAAAAAAAUUGAUAGUGCACCCAAUAACGGAAGAGAAGAAGCAGAAGCUAUUGCCUUUCAAUGUAUGGAUUGUAUUGCAGAAAUUAGUAGUGAUUAUAUUGGCAAUACUCUUGUUCAACGAUUAUUUGAGAAAUGUAGUGAAGAGACAAAAACAAAACUAUUAGAACGUAUAGCACCUCAUUUAGCUGCUAUCAGUAUUCACAAAAAUGGUACUUGGGCAACACAAAAGAUAAUUGAUCUUGCAAAGUUACCAGAACAAGUGCAUAUAAUUAAUACACAUCUUCAACCUUAUAUCCCACCCUUAUUGCUAGAUCAAUUUGGUAAUUAUGCAGUUCAAUGUUGUCUUCGUAUCAAUGAUCUUCAAAGUUCUCAAUUUGUAUUUGAUGCCAUGGUAGAAAAAUUAAUGACAAUUGCACAAGGUCGAUUUGGCGCAAGAUCCAUGCGUGGCAUACUGGAAAGUGAAUAUGCGACAUCAUAUCAAAAAAAAUUUGUAGCAGCUUCACUUUGCCAAAAUGCAGUUGCAUUAUCUACUAAUACCAAUGGUGCGUUACUUUUAUCCUGGUUGAUAGAAUCAACGGACAUUGAGAAUCGCAUUCAAGCCAUUACAGGCCGACUUAUGGGACAUCUGCCCCAAUUAUGUGCCCACAAAUUAGGCUCGCAAAUUAUUUAUAAACUAAUUAAUCAAACAAGUGAACUAGUAGCCCAAGAGAUGCUUUUAAACGAGUUGUUAACAAGACAGGAUAUCUUAAUGGAAGUUUUGUCGGAUCAAGUACGUGGACUUGUUUUCAUUCAAAAGUUACUUUCUUGCCCUGCUUUGACAGUAGAUCAAAGAAAAAUAUUAUCAGGUAGAGUAUGUGAGAAGCUUGAAAAGUUAAAUGGGCCUGGACAUAAAAAACUUUUAAGCUUGUUAUUAGAAGAUAAAAUUACUAUGCUUGACCAAUAAGCAGGUUUAUAUAAACAUGAUAAUCAUACCCCUCAUUCCUAUUUACAAAAGAAAAAGAGAUAAAUUUGUAACUUUCCCCCCUUUGUUAUUCAGGCAAUAAGUAGCAUAUGUAUAC